AUGAAAGUUUUAUGUGUGGCUGAAAAACCUUCGUUGGCUAAAUCAAUUUCGCAAAUACUAUCUAAUGGAACUUCUCGCGCGCGUCCUACAAAAAAUAAAUAUAUCAAAAACUACGACUUCUCUUGCACGCUUAACGAUAGCAGAGCAGUUCAAGUCACUAUGACGUCCGUUAUAGGUCAUUUAAUGGCUUAUGACUUUCCACCUGAAUAUCAAAAUUGGCAGCAAGUCUCUCCUUUAACAUUGUUUGAUGCGCCCACCGAGAAACAUAUAAUACGAGGAAUUGAGGCCAUUCGUGAUAAUAUUGCAAAAGAAGCACGUAAUGCUGAACAAAUAAUGAUAUGGACUGAUUGUGAUCGCGAAGGUGAAAACAUUGGAUCGGAGAUCGUAGAUGUCUGUCGUGGUGCGAAUUCAAAAAUUAAAGUAUCAAGGGCAAAAUUUUCCGCUAUUAUUUCCCAACAAAUCCGUCAUGCAUGGCAUUCACCGGUGGAUUUGGAUUAUCGUCAAGCAAAUGCGGUAGAUGCUAGAUCAGAGCUUGACUUACGAAUUGGUGCUGCGUUUACUCGAUUUCAAACUUUAGGCUUACAAAAUUUGUUUUCAGAACUCAAUAAAAAAGUAAUAAGUUAUGGUUCCUGUCAGUUUCCAACGUUGGGAUUCGUAGUGGAUCAAUACUUAAAAGUUCAGAAUUUCGUUGAAGAAAAUUUCUGGAAAAUAUAUAUUGCAUUAGAACGGGAUGGUAGUAUUGUAGAAUUUCAAUGGGCAAGAAAUCAUUUGUUUGAUCGUUUAGCAUGUGUAGUAAUUUAUGAGAAAUGUAUGGAAAAUCCAAUGGCAACUGUCGUUGAUGUCAACUCUAAAGAAGUGAAAAAAUGGAAACCGUAUCCGUUAACUACCGUAGAACUCCAAAAAAUUGGAUCAAGAUACUUACGUAUUUCGUCGGAUAGGUUAAUGAGUGUCGCCGAAGAAUUGUAUGUUAAAGGUUUUAUAAGCUAUCCGAGAACGGAAACAGAUCAAUUUGAUAAGCAGUUUGAUUUUCGCUCUUUGAUUGAAAAACAAACUCAAGAUUCAAGAUGGGGCGAUUUUGCAACAAGACUUUUGUCUGGCGGACUUCGUACGCCACGUAAUGGAAGUCAUAAUGAUCAAGCACAUCCUCCAAUUCAUCCGACUCUUUAUGCAUCUGAUUUAACAGGAGACGAACAAAAAGUAUACGAGUUUGUUGUUAGACGUUUUUUAGCAUGUUGCUCAGAUCAUGCUGUAGGACAUGAAACGAUCAUAGAAGUUAAGUUAUGGGAAGAAAAGUUUACUGCUAAAGGACUUGUGAUACUGGCUAGGAAUUAUUUGGAUGUAUAUCCUUAUGAUCGCUGGGGUGAAUCCAAUUUGCCAAAUUUUCAAAAAGGCGAAAUGUUUAUACCAACUACAUGUGAAAUGCGAGAUGGACGUACUUCACCGCCCGAAUACUUGACUGAAGCUGAUUUGAUUAGUAUAAUGGACCAGAAUGGCAUAGGUACUGACGCGACCAUUCAUGUCCAUAUUGCUAAGAUAAUUGAACGAGAAUAUGCUAGAAAAGACAAUAGGAAUGGGAAAACAUAUAUAUUACCAUUGGACUUGGGUAUUGCGCUUGUCGAAGGUUACGACUCUAUUGGAUUUGAUAAGUCGUUGUCUAAACCAUUUUUGAGAAGAGAGAUGGAGUCAAAGCUUAAAAUGGUUUGUGAGGGACGACAACAGAAAGAGGAUGUGAUUAAGGAUAGUCUUUCUAUGUAUAAAGACAUGUAUAUCAAGACAAAUGAGAACGUUCAAAAAUUAAUUCAAAGUCUUUCUAAUCGGUUAACAACAUCUGGGUCCAAUCUUAACCUUGAUGUCUUUAAUAAUAUGUUGCUCGAAACCCGACCAAAUCCUGUGCAACCAACUAGAAGACCUUUUCAACCCUCUACGCCAAGAUUUCAACCUACAGCAGCACAAUCUGAUCAUCCUAAAUGCCAAUGUGGUCUAUACGCUGCUUCUAAUAAGACAAGGUCUUUAGGAGUUAAUUACGGAAGGCCUUAUUUUACAUGCCCAAAGGCAGGUAAAAAGUGUACUUUUUUCCAAUGGGCAGAUGGUGCCCCAAAUUCAGGUUCGGGUACUCGCCGAACUCAUACGACUAGUGACAAUAAUUCUGGAAAUG